GCGCUCACUCACUCACUCUCACACACACACACACACACAGCACGACGCACUCGGCUCGUGACAGCAUCGUUGAGCGGGUGUGCUCAAUCAGCAGUUCACGCCAAAUCACGCAGGUAUCAGAUCUCUAAAAACGACGAGACGAGGGAGUUCAUCAAGAGCGUGUCCUGGCGUCCUCUGGAGAUCUGACAAAAGGCCCGAUCUUGCAUACCGAGGAUCGCCAGAGAGCGCAAGACGGAAUCCCGGCUUCGGAAGACUCGGGCCACGCUCUCAAGGCAAGUCCACCGUGGAAAUUAGUCUGAAAAGCGUUCUUUCUCGGAUUGGAUUCUUCGUCCGCCGACCUUCUCGAUGUCGUCACGCUCUGCAGUUUGACGAGUUCCACCUCGUGGGAUAAAACGUCCUGCGUUCGACGUGGUUUCACCUGAAGAAAAAUGCUCUUAAAUGCCUGUCAAGUCUGUUUAAUUUGAUGAUUUGAAGAAAAUAUGAUUUUACGGCGUGCCAGCGUGGUUUUGAGACUUGACUGAAGAUUUCAGCAAUAUAUAUAUACAUAUAUAUAUAUAUAUAUAUAUACACACACACACACACAGGAAGCGUGACUUUCUUUCAGUUUUCUCAGCUGGAUUGCUGAGGUUUGCGUUGUUAUCAAGGAUACGAUCAUGGUGAUGUCGCAGGGUACCUACACGUUCCUGGCGUGCUUUGCCGGAUUCUGGCUGAUUUGGGCGUUUAUUGUCAUGGUUUGCUGCUUCUGCAGCUUUGUGCAGCGUAAACUGAAGCGGCGGCGUGAGGAAAGGCUGAGGGAGCAGUGUCUGAGGGCCUUGGAGAUGGAGCCUUUGGAGUGUACAGGGGUAGGAUACCCGCCGAGAGAACCUCCUCAGUUCUGCCCACCACCUCAAAUGAUGUCUCCGCAGCUGCCGGUCGCCCACACGAUUCCUCAAGGCAACUGGACACCACCACCAGCUCCCAUUCUCCCGGUGGAGAACGAUGCCUGUGGAAAGCCGCCUUGCUACGAGGAGGCCGUUCUGAUGGAGGAUCCUCCUCCUCCUUACAGCGAGGUCCUUGCCGAUCCCAGAGGUGGAACGUACACUAAACCCGUCCUGAGGUCCUCCAGGGACCACCAGGAGUCCGAGACCAGAAAGAUGGCGCCCGUGACUGUGUUUUCCGAGCGUGGUUACUCGUCGCUGAUCCGCUUGCCCUCGGCCAGGCGCUGGGACUCGCUGGACCACCUGCUCUCCAACGUGGACCUUAACCACUCCAGCAUGGCGUUGGAGCCGCACGCCUCGGCCAUGGCCACGAUGCCACGCGACGGGCGUGCUCACAUAGACUUGGGCCUGCGUGGCCUACGACCUCUGGACCACAGCUAUGGACUGCCCACUGCUUUCCCUCUGCUGGGACGAAGCACGGCGGUGUGAACCUUCAUUUGGACCGGUGUGACACUUUACGUGGAAAAUUAUCAGCCCUUCCUGCAGGGUUAUUGAUUUGGUGGUUUAUUUAAUUUUUUUUUUUGGUAAGAAAAGCUUCUCAGAAGGACCCGAAAGACAUUUCCUCUCGAUCUUUUCUUCUCGAGCCGAAGAUCGUAUGACAGACGUUAUUUCUCCAGCUCUCUUUCUUUCUUUCGCUGUGUGGCGUCCCUGCCUGAUGCAGAGCAGUAGCUAUUAUGUGAGCAUUGUUGCCAUGGUUCCUGGACCUCUCUUCUUCCCUGUUUUUUUUUUUUUUUUUUUUUUUCCCAUCUCGACAGCCUUGGACUGAUGUAACAUAAGCAGGAUGAAGAAUGAAGUUCUGUUUUGUAAACUAGAUAUAACACAGGGCCACGGCAUAGCACAGCAUUCAUGGUCUGUACCGUAUCCAUAAUCACAGCCUGGGAGUCGGAGAGUUUCAGAACACCGGCGUACCGUCCGGACCGUUCGACUCCUCAUUUAGCGUUUUUAACGUUUAAGUGUAAGGAGACCCUUCACUCCUUACGGCUUUCGUUUUCGACAGACGGCAUCUUUUCAGGGCAGCAAUUAGUUCACUUUGCAUACUGUAAUUGAAUCGGCGGUGCUCCAAAACGAGGUUUCAUUACGACCUGGACGGGAUUCGUUUCGUAAAAACAGACGAAACAAACGAACGACCGUAAGCGACUGUACUGGUGCAGUCUGACUCUCAGACUAGGUUCAUCAUGCUGCUGAAGUGUACACAAUGUACGGUAUAAACUGUGAAAAAUGACCUUGCUGCUCUGACGAGGUAAAAUGUUGUUAUGAAAUACACAAAUCUGCACAAGUUUUUUUUUUUCCCCUCUCCAUAGAAGGAUCUAUAUAUAAAUAUAUAAGGUAAAACUUUUCUUCAGAAUAAUGACAUGCUCUACAAGAGGAACAGAACAAUUUGAACCGUCUGGUGUCUUGUUCAUUUGCCUGAAAUGUCUCCUGCAGCUUUUAACUCACCGGCACAUGCGGGUAAAAAAAACGAGAGACGACCGUCGUCGAGUUUGUUUAUGUAUUUAUUUAUUUAUUUCUGCUCUUCUUGUCAGUCUCUGUUUAAAAACUUUUUUUAUACUGACGCAUUUAUCGUGUCCCGGUCUGUUUGUCACGACUUCACCUCACUUUUAAAAUAACGCGCAUCUCCACGUGCGUAAGCGUUUUCCCUUUCCACCGUGUAUUUCGGCCGUCCGGCGUCCUUUCCUCCGCGGACGGUCUUUCACUUCCCACAUUCGUACGUGUUCGAGCGAGCGAUUCCGGUUUCUUAUUUACGUCGUGCCACGGUAUUCGUUUGAAUGUGUUCGUGUAUCGCUUUGGGUCGGACGAGCGGGUCUAAUUUUGAAAUGGGGAACUCUUUGGGAGUCGCGGUGACUACGAUCUAAUUUGCUAACGCAGGCGGUGUUUCUUCGGCGGGCUGAACGCUGCGUGCGUAAUGGCCUCGAUUUCGUUUCGACAGAAUCGUCUUCUGUUGCCGUUUAGUCUCGCCGCCACUCGCUCGGCUCUCUCCACCUCAUUCGUCCUAACGGCUGUCUUCGUCGACGUCUCGGCAUACGGACCUCGCGUCCGAGCAUCCGGUCCGUGCGUUCGAAUGACAUCGAUUAGAAUUCAUUAAGAUGCUCGAUGAGAAACACUUUAUUAAUUAAUUAAUUGAUUGAUUAAUUAAUUAAAACAGUGAGCGUUUAACGGAAUGCUCCAGGCACACGAUGACGUCUGUUGGCGUCUACAGUACACGCUCUUUUCUACCUUUUUAGUGUGUACCUUUCACCUUGAAAAGUGCAUGAUGUCAACCUUUAUACUAGUACUCUUGAAGUACUUUCGAAACGAAAACCGAAAGCUGUCGAACAUCUUCACUGAACGUGAGAUAAACUGUUGUUAUUUGAAUAAGUUAUUGUUCUGAUCCAGUGUCAUUUCAAGACAGUAUGGCUUAAACCUAAACAUUGUCCCGACUGAUCUAAAUUCCUGUCCAGAAUUUUGUCACUUCCUGCACGCCUGCCUACGGGAAGAUGUUAGAUAGCCGCUAUAGGCGUGUUUUUGAAGAUCCGUCCGUCCGUUUUCCAUACUGUUUAUCCGAUACAGGGUCAUGUGCAGCCUGGAGCCUUUCUCAGGGACCUCUGGUCACAAUGCAGAGGACACCCGUACUGGACGGGGUGCCGACCCAUCGCAGGGCACAAUCGCACACCCGUUCACACACUACGGACAAUUUCGGCAUGCCGAUCAACCUACAGCGCAUAUCUUUGGACCGACGGAGGAAACCCCGAAGCACGGGGAGAACAAGCGAACUCCGCGCACACGGGGCGGAGACGGGAUUCGAACCCCCCAAACGCCGGGUAUCCGGGGAGCUCUACAAAGAUGAAGGACGCUCUAAAAAUGUCCGGUUCCGUUUAAAUGCAGCGUUGGGUUCCUGUACGCAGAGUACGCGAUCAUACGUAAAGAACACUAUAAACCGUUCUCUUAUUUCACCCCUGAAAUCCUGGUGGAAGAAAAAUAAAUAAAUAAAUCAUUCCUGUUCAGAACAACCUGAAAACGCUAACGCUAGCUAGGGUAUUCAUUCAGAAGCGUUCCCUAGGAUCACGUACCUUUAAAAUCCCUUUGAAACGUUCGAAACGGCGUUCACGUUGCCGUGUAAUAUAUAAAACACGCUAAAGGUACCGCGUGAAGGCACCUCGGCGACAGAUUUCUCAGAGUGUAGAUCGUAAACGCUCCGUUUUUAUCGCUGUAUAUAAAAACCUUGCUUGCUCACACCCUGUACCGAACAUUCAUUUAAACCGUAAUGACUUUUUCAAGCUCCAGGGUCACGUUUAAGGACCUUGCGAAAGGAUUGAAAAGGUCAGACGGGGAGUAGAUCGAGUACCAGAGCUGGCCGAUUUGAGCGUUUAGAAGGACACCGAGGCCACGGCACGACCCGUCAUAACCUUUUCGCUUCGACGAGACUCAAAACCCCUGCUUAUUUCACGUUGAAUACUUACCGAGUCCUCCGUCGACACGUGAGAAUGUAAACGGGGAUAUAUUUUGGGCGUUAAACGCCUCAAAAACAAUACCAGGUUCACUUUAGAAGGACGUGAACCUCAAUCAGACUCGAUUUAAAAAAAAAAACAAAAAUCAUCACCGAUGACCAAAUGUGAUUCGAGACCAUCACGGUGUCUGUCUACGUGGUCUGCUUUGUGUUCUCGCUCCCGAUUAUUCGAUUUCUUUUUACAUUUGAAUGUCUUUUCAUUCGUUCUUUUGUCUUUAUUCGUUCCACGGGCAGUGAGGCAGAAGACAGAGGUGUAAACUGUCGCUCCUCUGCCAGCGUGUUGCUAAGCGACUGAAACACAGCUCCGUGAGUCUGUUUACAUAGAAUAAUAAAACGGCGUCCGUCUGUCCGUCCGUCCGUCCGUCCGUCUAGCCGUCCGUCCUGUACACGUCUGCUCCGAGUGCUCGGUGUACUUUGAAUAAAUGAAUCAUUCACAGGUUUCACGUGACGCCGCGAACUGGUCCUCCAGUCGUCCCUGUGUCUAGAAAGAUCACGUGAUAUAACAUCAGGGCUCUCAUCCUUAACGUUUAAGCAAUUAGAAUCGUUUUUAUUUUUACUUAUCAUUAUUGAACCUGCCAGUUCACGUUUAUCCUCGACGUGCUCGUGUACGUGUGAUCCAAAGAACAGUUGGGACAUUUUGCACAGCUAAAUUAUUAUUGUUUUUGUGUGUGUGGGGCCAAGUUUACUGGAGCUGUGUGAUGAUUCAUAGCUGCUUCGUCUCAAAAGCUAGUCUAGAAAGAUAAUAUAUGAUGAAAUGUUGACCGGACAGCUUGGCAUCGGCCUACGUCCAUAACAAAAGUGAAAACAGUGCAGGGUUUGAAAUCAGAAAGAAGUGUGUAUGUGUGUGUGUGCGUGUGUGUGUGUGUAUUUAGCACCAGUGAGCUGACGGACUUGUUUUUGAAAUCUUUUAUUAACAUACAGAAGCACGUAGCAUGUCACAAAAGAUCUUGUGCUUGUUUCAAAAACAGCAUGUGACAGAAAAAGCGGACGAAAAGGGGGGAAAAAAAGGAGAAGGAUGGAAAACAAUAAUAAAAGAGAGAGGGGGGAAAAAAAAGAAAGAAAGAAAGAAAGAAAGAAAGAAACCGAGCGAGAGAGAGAGAGAGAGAGAGAGAGAGAGUGAGUUUAGGAGUUGCUAAGCCUUGCUUCAGGGACAAAGGGCAAACUGGAGUAGUAUAUUAGUAGUAAUAGUAGCAAUAGUAUUGGUAGUAGUAAUCUCCUAGUAGUGUGUGAGAGAAAGAAAGAGCGUAAGAAUCACUACGGAGGAGCUCGGAGGUUAAAGAGUACACUGAAAUCACGUCAAAAGGGCCUCGGUUAUCGUUAAAGAUGCGGGUCGGCUCCCCGUCACGGACCAGCCACGUCAAAUCCGGGUUUAAGAAAACGCGUGAAGACGUUAACGCACGUGUGUUCCGACGCCGACGGUUCCGGUCACGCGCGUUUCGUCACUGUUUCGUCCUGUUGUUGAUUUUUAUUUACAAAACAAUACUACAUCAGUUUAGUAUUAUUGCUUAUUUCGCCUCUUUUACUUUGUAAUAAUAAUAAAAAAAAAUAAAAACAAUUGAAAAGAAAAACCUCGACAGACUAAAACGACAAGGCUUAGGAUCGUACUGAAGACAGGUCAGAAAUACGAAACUACGGAAGACUGAGGACAGUCCAAGCUACAGAUGUUGAACGAGAUUCGUCUAGGAGAGCUGUGAGAAGGAGCCGCGGUUAUGACGGACGAGUAUCCGGUAUGUCGGACUGUUAGGAAUACUUCGUGGACAUUCCGAAGGCUUUCGGUGCCGUAACGACGGUUACCGCGGGCAGGGUUUCCAUCGAGACCGCGACGGCGUCAAGGUCGGAUUCGAGGGUUUCGGUAAAAUCGUAUACAAAUACUCCGAUAUCCAGGGGAAAUGUUACUCUCUCAUUAAAAAGCACACAACACACACACACACACACACACACAGCUAAAUAUGCAUUAAAAUAGUUAUUGCCUAAGCUCUGAGUCAAAUCGAUUCUAAUUCUAUCGCGAACACUGGGGGAAAAAAAAAAAAAGAAGAGGAAAAUACUACUUUUUAUAAGUUAGAAAUAUACCUGUGGCACCUGAUUAUAAAUCGCAAAACACCGACACGACAGCGUGAAAACAUCCACUCGCUGGAGAGACCCUUGGCGCAGGAAAUGAAGCAAGUCAAGCAGAGUUUAGUCACCGUCACCUGACCGGAACGUAAUGACGACUAAGAAACGCGUCUCGUCGAAAUCACGUCGAAUCCGGAGCCGAGAUCGAGAUCGAUCGCACGGCGGUGCGUAUCUUCUCGUUCCGAAAGACCAAAUAAGAUGGGAACAAACUUAAUAUCGGCUUCGAUUAUCGGUGAUCGGAAUAAGAAAAGUGCUGAAUACUAGCCUGAGCGUCUAACGAGGGGAGAUUCGGUACUACCUUGGCUGGAUCAAAGAACCUUUCCGUCAUUCGAGGUUCUGGAACAUCGCUAAAAAAACGAGAGAAAAAAAAACAAAACAGGACGCUCUAUCUGCUACUGGUCACACCUGUCAGGCACAGGGAGUCGAUACAACACAGGUGAGCGCUAAAUACACACCGUGCUAUACUCUGCAUAGCAAAAAAGAGAACGGAAAUAAAUAAUGACUUGUACACACUCACACACACACACACACACACACACACAGACUAACCGAGAGAGCUUAAACCCGCUGGCAUCUUUAACAAUAACCCGGAUCCUUUUCAGUGG